AUGGUUUUGACUCUGGGACGAGUGAAUUUUGUAUUUGGAGAAAACGCCAAAAUUCAACACGCGAAGAUGCGAAUUUCUGCCGAAUAUCGAGUCGAUCUAUUCCUCAUGCAAACUGCUCUUGGCUGGGUCAUUGAAGGGGGAGCUCCUACAUCUUCACCCUUCCAUAAUCGUUGUUGUCAUCUCAACAACACAGACUCUUUGGAAUUCGACUUGUCAAAAUUUUGGAAGAUAGAAAACGCUGCGGAAAAAUCUCGUUUCAAUGAUGUAGAAGCUGCACGCGAGAAACAUUUCAAGGAUUACGUGACCAGAGACGCGACAGGACGAUACAUCGUGGCUCUGCCUUUCAACGACAACAUCUCUCGACUCGGAACGUCACGAUCUCGUGCCUACAAUCGAUUUAAAUCGUGCGAGAAAAAAUUCUAUCGAGAACCCGAACUUGCUGGACAAUACAAAGUGGUCAUUCAAGAGUACAUCGAUUUCGGGCACAUGACCGAAAGCAGUACUUCCAAUCUGUCUGAUCAUGGGCAUUAUUUACCUGAUCACGCGGUAUUCAAACAAGGCAGUUUCACAACAAAAUUGCGCGUUGUAUUCAACGGAUCCGCGACGACCAACACCGGGGUUUCCUUGAACGACGCUCUCCACGUGGGCCCCACCAUUCAAGGCGAUAUUUUGUCGCUUCUAUCGUGA